GGCGGGGCCCAACUCCACGGAUAUCGCUUGUUUAAAAUGUCUCCUUAACAACCGAACUGGAAGUCAAACAGCAGAAGUUUUCGUGGGGCAAACGCUUCGUAAGUGACACAUCUCCGGGUCACUGCGCAUUUAUCAAGUCUCGAUAACGGACGGCAACCCAUAACGGCGCGACGGUGGAUCUAAAUAAGGAGUCGGAAUGGCCGGGACUGGCGAGGGAAAGAAAGAAGAGGCCGACUACAAGAGACUGCACAGCUUCCCUCUCAUCAGGCACACAGACAUGCCAGAGGAAAUGAGGGUUGAGACCAUGGAGCUGUGUGUUACAGCCUGUGAGAAGUAUGCCACCAACAAUGAGAGUGCUGCAAAGAUGAUCAAGGAGUCCAUGGAUAAGAAAUUUGGCAGCUCGUGGCACGUGGUCAUUGGCGAAGGCUUCGGCUUUGAGGUCACACACGAGGUGAAGAAUCUUCUUUACAUGUUCUUCGGAGGAAGCCUGGCCGUCUGCGUGUGGAAGUGCUCGUAGCACCUUCUCUGACGUUCUCGCCGGGCUGGAAAUGAACCACCAGCUACCAUCCAGAUGCUGGUUAUACUUGUUUCGGCAGGUUAGGUCAGGUCGCUACCAGCCACUGAGGCAGGAACCGCGAAGCGCUCGUUGAUUUUAAAAAUGCAGCGAGAAUAGAAGAAAGGGGGUUUUGAUUGCGACUUUGGCUGGUGGGCCUAAAAAUAGCGUCUCGCCUUGUCUGUCACCGGUCUGUUCCUCUCUGUUGUUAACCAUCCAUCUCUCCAUUCAGUACAUUAAAUAAAAAAAAAAAGGAAAGAGGCGAGAACAUUUGUGAGCAUGCAUGUGCAAGCAAGUUCAACUUCUCCAACAAUUACAGCCAGCCAGGGUCUCCAAAGUCCUUUACCCUCAUUCCUCUGCAGGGAGUGUGUGUAUGUGUGAGUGUUUUAUGUUUGUGUGUGCUGGACACACACGUUUUUGUUUUUUCCUUCUUUUUAAGUAGCACCACGUCAUCGCCGUGCUCUGCAGUUUGACAAGACUGCGCAACACUAAGCCGUCCACGCCGCCUGUAACUUUACACGUGUCUUUCUCUAUCCAACUGCACUAGUGUUUCAAUAAAAUUUGUAAGAUUUUUUUAUGUGUACAUAUUUUGAUGCAACUUGAAAACACUUCUUUUUAAGGACCAGUUCAUCUUCUUACGAUUAAAAAGGCUCUGAGUCUUCUGAGCCGAACAUGGCACCCGACCUCACCUUUUCUCCUCGUUAAGGUGUUUGUUAUUAUCCCUAAUAAUAUCAUCACCCCACUGGGUGAUAACAGCAGUGUGAUUGUUUUCAUGUUGAUGCCAGUUUUAAUGAUCCUUUGUUGGAUCAUUACGCGUGAAGUGACCUGAUUGUAUAAUAAACUGAAAUGUGUAAAACAGAGCCCGA